AUGGCCGAAGUUUCGUCGACACCAGCGGCGCCCGCGCCCGUCGGAUCCGUGACGGAGCCAUUCGACCUCAUCCGCCUCUCCAUCUCGGAACGCGUGUACGUCAAGCUCCGAGGUGACCGUGAACUUCGCGGCACCCUGCAUGCAUACGAUGGACACAUGAACUUGAUCUUGGGCGAUGUCGAGGAGACCAUCUACGUGGUCGACAUCAACGACGAGACUGGACACGAAACUGUGCGCGUGGUCAAGCGCCAAAGCGAGAUGCUCUUCGUGCGUGGUGAUAGCGUCAUCCUCGUAAGUGUCCUGCAUCUUGGUCUCGCCAUCGCUGCGAAACGUGACCCCACACUGACCCUCAAUCUCGCCGUGCCAUCCCGCUACUCAACCAGGUCUCGCCUCCCUCAAGCACUUGAUGCGCCUCCUCCCCCUGCCGCCUCUUCGCUCUGCCUCUGUAUUACUACUUCCACCCAAUCCAGCCCUCUUGCAAGCGCACCAACACACUCGCACAACCACAAGGAGUAG